AUGGCCCCUCCCGAAGCUAUCUGGAAUGACUAUGCAAUUCCACUACGACCUCAACCUGGUGUUUUGGUCGCCUCCAUCAUCGUAUCCAUCCUCGGUUCUUACGCUACUUUAUUAGUACUCGGUCGAAGAACAUCUUCUAGAGGUUGGAGAAAUCAUGGAUUGCUCCUACUCGCCGCGGUCGUCUUCGCCGCUUGUGCCAUCUGGGGGAUGCACUUUUUCGAUAGAGGAAUGACCGCGUUAUCCCUCUUUGUCCCCAUCCUCGCAACGUUCAUCUCGUUCUGGCUUAUCGGUUCGGAAAUCGAUUUCCAUCUCUGGCGAGUCCUCUUCGCUGGUACCUUCCAGGGAUUGACAAGCGUUGACCCUAUGAUCCUCGCCAACUUUGGUGGUCAAUCCACUCGGCUCACCAUCGCUAUUUCCGUCAUGUGUGGUGUCAUCGUGGUCUUCUGCUUCGCAGUUGCGUUGUUAGACGCCAGGACACGACGGGAUAUCAGAAACAAGGCGAGGAAUAUCGUCAUCGCUAGUGCGGCUUUCGAUAAAACCGGUAAACUCUUGGUCAAAAACGACGGUACCAUCCCGAUGCAGAUCAUUCAAACAGACGCUGAACUUCAGCGAGUACUUGGUGAACUGGACCCACGACAGUCCACCUUCCAAUGGCUUUACCAACUCUCUUUCAACUGGCCUCUCGUCACCCCCUUUGUCCCCCGGAUUCUCAAAUCCGUCAUCGACCGACAGAAAGGUAAAUCUCAACGACCUGUUCUCGAUCGGGAUCUCACAUCCUCUCACGAAACACUACUGUUCCGAAGUCGAUUCGUUGAAGCUUCCGUCUUACUCGCUCAACAAUUAGACCUCUCCGUUGAAUCCCUCGGUGCCAUGUUUGAUCGAGUUCUCACCACCGGAACACGACUUCCCGAAGAUCGAUCUGAGAAAUCCGCAGAAGAAGGCAGGAUGAAAAACGACGACGAAUCAUCUAUCCACGGUAUCACCCUUCGAAUGCACAAUUCCGAAGGUGUCAUGCUUUUCUUGGUCCGAGAAAUCGGUGACGGUCAUCCUUCAGCAUGGGAUAACCCCACCGCGGACAAGAAUCAGCUUCGAUCCAACGACACUGUCGAUUCAUACACUUCUCGAGGUUAUCGAAUGGCUGAAACUCGGUUCUUCUCAAAAGCAAUGGCAGAUCAUUUUGGUGUCAGUAAACCUGAAAUGGACGUCUUCUUAUCCGCUUGUAAAACCUAUGCGAAACGAGGGACACGACCUGUCGUUCAAAGCGGUGGUGCUUACCUCGGUUUAUUCGGUGUACGACCCACCGGUACUCAAAUGCAAGGACUCGAUGUGUUGGUGUACAACUUUGCUCGACAUCAAAUCCCCGCGUACCGACUUCCCGAUGUCAGCUACCCCCUCAACGCAACGAUGAAGGCUUGGGUAAGGGAAUUAGCCAACGCAAGUAUGGGAGAUGUCUUGAGACGAUGCAAUGAUGCUGUAAAUCGAGCUGAAAAUUCCGACGAUGGAUCCGCUUCUCUCCACUCGCAAAUCGACGAAUCUCUGUACGAAUUCCAAGCUGCCAUUGCCGUCGCUAUCGAAGCUCUCACAACCGCUUUACGAUGCUGGCCCACUUUACUAGACAUCGCUCGACUCUCCCCCGAGAUUUUAGAAAUCCCCGCUUCCGAUCAUGACGACAAAGCGCCCGCUCAAAUGGUCGUCCUCGAAGUCGUUCUCCCCGCUCCAGACGCUCGACUCACACCCGUGCAAUCUCGAGCAUCCGGUGUGCAAGCUCCCACUCUCACUUCCGGUCGACAUGAAUCAGAUAAACCCCCCGCGCCAUUCGUCUACACCCCAUUCAGCCUUUUCACUAAAUCCCAAGCAAUGUUACUCCGAGCCAAAGCAUUCCAAGAUUACUCCAAAAACACUGUGGUGGACCUCAACAAAGUCUACCCACUCAUGCCUACCGACGUAGCUGCGGAGCUCGACGCGUACGAUUCUGGCGAAAAAACGCUUGCGCCCAACCCCUUUGCCCUUGGUAAAUGGAGUGCAAGAGGUAAAUCAGCCUCCAAAGGAUUAAUCGUCGACACUGCUUCUUCCAACACGCACGCGAGGUACAACUCCGAUGCGACUUCGGUCAAAUCUCCAGGACUGGUCUCGUCUGAUGGAUCUGAAAUCUACGAGAAAAACUUUGGUACCGUCCCACCCCAUAUCCACGCUCUAGCCGCUGCUCAACAGGGGCGAAGAGGAUCAAGACCUAACACCGGCGCUUCAGAUCAAUCCAAUGCGUUGGUCGCUUCGGACCCCGUGGAAACAGUCAAGAAAGGGUUGACGAAUUUAGUAAACAAAGCCACCGGAACAGCUCAAGAGGAGGAACCUCAUGAUCCAGAAGCAGAUGUUGGACCGCCUGUCUACACCGGUGUUAGAAACAAAACAGAUGGUUGGUUUAUGAGGAGUAUGAGAGAUUUGGAAAGAGCAGAUAGAACAGGUGCGUUGGAGCACGUAGGGUGGCAGGAGAAUUAG